CAAAUUUACUUUUUAAUGAGAAAAAGAACGUCAUUAAAUUUAGCAGAAGAAAAAGAUGAAAAACAGUGAUGAAAGUAUAUCAUCUAGCAGUUAUUUACAAAGUUCAUCUGUGUGGCAUGUCGGCCAAAACAAUUUCGAUAAAAAAACUAAGAAAUUUGGCAGCCGAUUAAUUGAGUCUCAAGAUGACGAUUACCAAUACGAUCAUGACUAUCUUCAAAUGGAAGUAAUUGGAAAAGACGUAGAAAGAGGAUGCGUAAAGAAAUACAAUGGUAAUCAAAGAUCAUCGUUAGAAAUUGAGGAUAAAAACUUAUACAAAAGUUGCCAAAAAAGUAGAAAUGUUAUAGAAAAUAUUAUUGAAGAAUAUAUAAAUGGCUUUUCAUUGCAUGGUCUCACAAAAAUAUUUGUGGCUCACACAAGACUUGAAUCAUUAUUUUGGUUGAUUGCAUUAUUAAGUGGAAUCAUGCUGUCCAUGUAUGUUAGUACUAACCUUGUUAACAAGUAUUUGAGGUUUGAAGUUUAUACUGAGACGAAGUUAGAAAUUACUGAUAAAAAUUAUUUUCCUGCCGUGACAAUUUGUGAAAGACAACUUCUCUUAGACUUUUAUUACGCGUAUUGUAAAUUUGAGCAACCGAAUGACUCAUAUCCGUGUCAACAUAAAAAACAAAAAAUCGAAGACAACCAAAGUACCACCGAUAAUAAAACAUGGUGGUCAAACGGUCUGUUUAACAUAACUAAAUGUAGUUCAUGGGGUGCAAAACAGUGCGCAAACAACGAUUUUCUGUACUCUCUUAGUCAGUACAACCAUACUUGUAUUCGAUGGAAUUACAAUGGUGAUUUAUACGAUAUGUACGGUCACGUAGACAUAGAGUUUACAAUUAACAAUAGUUUACUUCUUCCAUACCAAGAACCAAAUAUUAUCCUAAUGUCACACGAUCCAUUAAUUUUUGAAAUAGAUAUAACAAACGCAGUCAAUUUGGAAGCAAAGCAAUACAAUAUAAACCUUGAAAAGACUUUUAUUGAAAGAUUACCUUUUCCAUUUCCAUCAAAAUGUACUGAUAGUAAAAAUAAUGAUAUGUUUACUGGAAAAUACACUAGAAGAAGUUGCUUGGAAACUCAAAAUUAUAUUGAUAUGUAUAAAGAAUGUGGAGAUACUAUAGAUUAUAUUAGACAGUAUAUACCCAAAGAUAUUUUGCAGAAAUACAAAAAAAUAGAUACAAUAUCAAACAUUGAAAAUUGUAUAAAUCUAUAUAGUCAUAAGGAAGUAAAUCCUUUGUCAAAAAACUGCCCUUUUUCUUGCACUGAAUACCAAAUAAACAUGCUUGUUUCAUCACGAGAAUAUUUUAAAAAUGACAAUAAAAUAACAACGGAAACGUAUUCAGUAGGUAUACAAUACAUAACGGUCGAUUCUUAUCGAAUAAUAAAAGAGAAGCAAUUAUAUUCAAUACACCAAAUGGCUUGUGAGAUUGGCGGCUUGAUUGGAUUAAUGGUUGGGUGUUCUUUAUUGUCUGCUAUUGAAAUUAUUGUUUGUUCAGUGUUAUGGCUAGUUGUUAAGUUUAAAAAAAUAGUCCUAAGAAUAAAUUAAUUUUUUAAAAUUAUUUUGGUAUUUUAAUAUAUUUAAAGCUUUGUAAAAUGUCACUAUUCAAAUAUAAACUGUCUAAUAAAAUUGUA